AGUAUCAAGGUUAAAGUUAACACGGAAAUAGUCUAUAGGAUUGUGGGACGGGGAAGUGAGUGAAAUGCAUACUGAGGAACUGUGAAAAGACGAUGGAACCGGUCGAUUAUGUUAUACACGGACUAUGCAUAGUAUUGUUUGUAGGAUUUUGUGUUAAUUUUAUGAUUCACAUUCUGUCCAUCGUAUAUGGAAAAUGGAAACUAUCAAGGAAGUUGACAAGUACAGUACCAGAGGAACUCCCAGGCAUUUCUAUCAUCAAACCAUUAGUGGGAGUUGACCCCAAUCUUUUUGAUAAUUUAGAAACUUAUUUCAAUUUAAAAUAUCCUCAGUUUGAAAUACUUUUUUGCAUCCAAGAUGAGUUAGAUUCUGUCAUCAUGAUUGCUCAAAGUCUAAUUCUGAAAUAUCCUAAAGUAGAUGCCAAAAUAUUUAUUGAAAAGAAUGACAUGGCAGGAAAGAAAAAUGUUGGUGUAAAUCCCAAAAUAAACAACAUGAUAAGAGGUUAUGAAGCAGCCAAAUAUGAUCUGUUCUUGAUUUCAGACAGCAGUAUAAAAAUGAAAGAAGACACCUUAAUGGAUAUGGCAUUACAUAUGACAGAGAAUGUAGGGCUGGUUCAACAAAUGCCAUUUGUAUGUGACAGACCUGGUUUUGUGUCUCAUUUAGAAAAGAUUUUUUUUGGAACACAUCAUGGAAAAAUGUACUUAACAGCAAAUUUUUUGGGCAUCAACUGUGCAUCUGGCAUGUCCACACUUUUUAGAAAAGACAUCAUAGAAGAAGCUGGUGGACUUGCUCACUUUGGGAAAUACCUUGCUGAAGAUUACAUGCUGGCACAAGCAGUUAUAGAUCGAGGAUUUAAAGUCUUGUUGUGCAGUCAAACAGCUUUGCAGAACUCAGGAUACACAUCCCUUAGCUUGUUUCAUGACAGGCUCAUUAGGUGGACAAAGUUGAGGAAUGCAACUGUUGUGACUACCAUGUUUUUUGAACCCAUUUAUCAGUGUCUUGUGCAAGGCCUCAUCAUUGCCUUUGUUACUGAGUUCCUGUUCUCUUGGUCGCCCCUUGUCUUCUUCAUGGUCCAUGUCCUAGUCUGGUUCCUUCUAGACUACAUAUUACUGUCCAUCAUCCAGCAAGGUCCUUUGCCCUUUUCUAAAUUUGAAUUCCUUGUUGGAUGGAUACUCAAUGAAAUAUCUUAUCCAAUUUUAAUUUGUCGUGCGCACUGGGAUCCAAUCAUAACUUGGCGAUCAAGGCGAUACAAAAUUAGAUGGGGAGGAAUUACUACAGAGGUGACAUCAGCACCACCUGUAAAGUUGAAUGAGAAAACAUGAGAGCGUCCAGUUACUAGAGAUAUUCAUGUGAUAGUUUGUUUUCAUCAAGUACUCACUAGUAGUAAAAUAUUUACAGAGUUCUGCAAUUUUUUGACAACAAUGGAUUAGAACUGGAAAAUCGUAAGAAUAGUUAGUUUUACUUAAGCAUACUAUUAGGCAAAGCUUGGAUGUACUCACAAUAAAAAUGAGAAGUAUAUAUUUCUUGUAAUGUGAUACAGUUGACAUUUAUUUCAACACUGAUUUUCAAAAAUUUUAAUUCCUAAACAAUUAAAAUGCAAAUGUUUUUGGGCACAACUGAUAAACUCAGCACAAAUGAAAUGCUCACUCUCCUUUUCCCAGUAGUUUUAAGAUGAUAUUGUUGCUGUUUUGCUGAUGGUCAGUACUUAGCCAACACUUGACACUGCUUUAAAUGAUUGUGUUAAUUGUGACAUGAUUUUUGUUCACUCAGUUGGUUGCAUUGAGCUCAAACUGUUUUGCUAUUAAGUUAUACUAUUUUUAAUUUGUUACUGAAAUUACACACAUUUAUUAUUCCCUUUGUUCUUUUUCAAGACAAAUCAAGAAUAAGGUUAAUGCAAUAUAACAUUGUGCAGUGAUUUUUUUUUAGAUUAAUUUGACAAGUAAUUUUUUAAAAUUUAAGGCAUAUAUUUCAGAUGACUGUAUUUCUAUACAUAAUAAUGUUUACACUAAAUGUGUAGUCAGUCCACUUGCAAAACCUGCUAAGUCACUUCUGACUGACUUUAAAGAAAUCAACUUUAAAACUUUUUUUCUUGUUAACUAACCUUAUGAUUUUUAUAUUUUAAUUUUACUGUUAAGAAAUUUAUUUUAUAUUAUACUUUUUAGAACAAAAAUUAGUAUAUUGCUUUAAUUGCUACUUAUUUAAGAAGGCUAUAAGAAUAACACAUUUUUUUCAAAAAGUGUACUUAGCAGGUUUUGAAAAAGUACUCCUCAAAUACUGGUUGUAAUGUCUAAACAUGUUGUAUUUUGAAAAUAUUUUUUACUAGGUCUAGACAGAACUUGAGAAAUAUCUUUCCAUGAAGUUAGAACAAAAAAGUGUUUUCUACAGGUUUGACAUUCCGUACUCAGAGAUGUGCCAAUUUCAUAUUACACCAUUAUUGGAGAUUGGCUAUUUAUUUGAUCACAUGAGUCACAGAAGUUGUUGUGUAAUCUAGUCAAUACUGUGGUGAUAUUUAGGGGUAUAAUUUAUUUUUUGAAUACAUUGCCUGCUACAAACCUUAGGUUAUACACCAUUUACACACUACAAGUCAUAAUACCAAAGCUACUUGCUUGUGUAUUUCUGUGCUUCCAAUUUCUUUGUAUGCUUUACAUUUGUGUUUUCUUUUAUCCCACAACGAAAAUUUCUUCAAACUAUUGCAUUUCACCUCAUUGUGAAGCAAAGAUUUACCCUAGGAAAAUAUGUGGAACUUUGUAACUAUUUUAACCUAGCACGCCAAAUGAGCCACUGUUAUCAUUGCCAUGGCUAAGUUGUUGAAACUACCACCCAAAGCUGUCUACUGAUAUAUUCUCAUAUUUUCUGGAUGUUCUUACUGGAUUCAACGUUCAUACAUCUCUCUCUAAUAUUUGCUUGAAUCAAUACUCAUAUGUACGAAAUAUUUCACCAUCUUUAAACCUGCUGCCUGGGUCGUCCAGGUUUUGGGUAUUCUACCACUUGAGUACAUCUGUAAAGAUAUGCACGCAUGAUUCUCUCCCCUGUACAAAUGGACCAUGUAUAUUAUGUAAUAUAACCUAAUGCUGUGCUCUAUCAAAGACCUCCCCACCUUGUAUGCCCCCUGUGUAAGUAGAUCCAGGGUGCUCCAGCCAGCUGGUGUGCAUGAUGUGGCCGCGGAUGGCCACUGAAUUCUGCUGUGUAAACAACUGAUGCUUGAAUGGAUUCAUUAGGCUAUGACGUUACUUUACACAUUGUUUCACUAAGAUUUGACACUGAAGGAUAGGUAUAACACCAGUCUUGAAUGUCAUUUCUUUCUAGUCUAAAACCAACAGAUUUCACCAGUUAACAUUGGCUCAAAUCUCAAGAAUACUUCUGACACGGGUCAAGUUUUUUUGGGAAGGAGCAUCCUGGCAAUAUUGAGUCUGCAUGUUCUAUAGUUUUCAAAUUUUAAUUUUAAAUGCAUUUUAUAAAACUCUAACCAAAUGAAAAUAUUUGGUUAAAGAAAUAUUUUAAAAGUGUGUGAGUUGUUUAGUUGUGAUUGUAGUGGUGGGUCAUUUUUGUAUGUAUAUUUGUAAAUGAUUUGACUCCAUGUCAUCAGUCCUAUUUAUACCAUUCAUUUUACAACUUCUAGUCAAGCUCCAGUCCGCCCGAUGUAUAGAAAAAUAGAAAUAUUUUUUCAUGACCCAACACAUCCCUGUUACAUUUUCAAAUCUUGCCAUAUACUCAUUACAAAGAUGUUCAGAUUUUUCUCAGUUAAUUGUAUACCAAGCCCAGGGGUUUAUAUAUGUGACAGGCUAAGAUAUACUCAAAAUAGAUUAAUUUGUAAUUUUUUUAAAAGAAAAAUAAACUCAAACAUGCCUAGUUCAUUUUUCAGGGGCAAUCAAGAAAUGAUGUAGUGCUAUUUCUUGAUUUUUCUUUCUAAAAAUGUUUAUCUGUUGUGGAUAUGAUUAUUGGUGUGUCAUUUAAAAAACCUAAUGAGAUUAUAACAAACUUGAUGUGUAUAUACUACUUUUCUUGAAUGAAUUUUUCAACCGACAUCUCAUCCAUCUGUAAUGUUUUAUUCAUUUCAAACACCUGAUAGUCUAAUGAGCUAAUCAAAGAUAUUCCCAUCUCCCUGACUUUAAGGUUAACUUAAAAACAACAGUGUUCAUUUAUUUGCCUUAGAAAAUGACCAGUGGCACAAUUAUGAACAUUCCCAUCCCUAUGACAGUGUUGAGUAGUGGCAGGUUUAAAAAAUAAACUACUUGAAGUAUAUCACUUGCAAUACUCCUUGUGACAGUGUUGAGUAGUGGCAGGUUUAAAAAUAAACUACUUGAAGUAUAUCACUUGCAAUACUCCUUGUUCUGGUUGUUUAUUAGUUUUCAUGUCGGCAUUUGUUCGUCCUUUUUUUUUCAAAUAUUUAUUUGCAUGCUACUUAAGUUGACUAUUUUUGUUUGUCUGUAUGAAGCCUUUUAAACAGAAAAUCCAUUUUAAUAAGAUUGUUGGCACACUUUGAAAUGAUUUCUUGUACCAAGCAUUUUGUUAAUUUGAGGUGGAAUUGUUUUUGUUUUGCUAAGGCUGAAGGACAGCUAAUAGUAGUUUAUAUUUAAAAUCAGAUGUUUUUUUUUUCUUAAUUUUUUUAUAAGAUGUACAUUGAUGUAUUCAAUAUGAUUCUUUGUGUUAACUUUCUACUGUAUUUAAUGAAACCAAAGAUUUUUUAUCUUUGCAACAUUUUAAGUGGAGCUUUAUAAUUUUAUUAGUCAGAAUUUGUGUAUUUUGCUAGAGUGGUUUUAGGGCCAAAGCAUCUAUUUUAAUGAGUGAUAUUAAUCUUUUGAGGUGGUAUUGUUUUAAGAAGUUUAAACAGCUUUAUUGAAUGUACAUCAAAAGCUGAAUUAAACAGUUAUAUAGUAAGCCGUGUGGAAUUUUAAAUGUCAAUAAAAUCGUUUUUAUAACUGCAACAGAACAAUAAAAAAUUUGAGUUCAAGAUUUGAUGGAAAUUUUAAACCACAUCAUCCAAAUUUAAAUUUAGUAUCAAAGCUUGCUCAAACAAAUUUCCAUAGUGCAGGAAGUUUAUCAAGGCAAACUUUCACUUGGCUGCGGCUUUUAUCACAGUAAUUCAAGUCUUUCAAAAAGCUUUUUAAAAUCCAAACAUUGAAAGUAUUAUGAUUUUUAUUUUAGUAGAAUGUAUCCAUCAGCCGCUACCUCUGGAUAGAAUUGAUUACAUACUUGAUGUAAUUCUGUAAGCUUCUUUGGGUGGGCUCUUUUUUUUUGUAGUUGUCUUUUUGUCAGCCAUUCUCUUGCCAAUCUUAACCCCCUACUUUUAAUCUGUUGCGAUCCAAACACUCCCAGCUGCAGACAUUGGUGAAAUAGAUCAAAUAAUUUUAUAAAUAUAAAAAAGGGGACAGAAAUGUGAGGCAUGCUAAAUGUAAUUUCUCCACAACUCAUAUAUUAUAGAUCUGAUGGUUUCAACUACAAAAUUUAGAUGCAAUAAUGUAAUUGUAAAUUGGUCUACAGCAUUAGACACAUUUUGCUAUAAAUCCAAAGUUUUUGUAAUAAGAAUUUUGAAUUAGAUUAUGUUAAGUUUGUGAACUUAUUCUGCUUGCCAUGGGUCUUCCUACUUUGUUCUAGAUUGCAUCUCUCAUGUUACAUCCUUCAUUUUGUAAUAAACGUACAUGAUACUG